AAUUUGGUUAUCCUCACUGAUGUACUUGAUCUUUCUUGUCAUUUUGAUGUAAUCUCUUUCUCUUGGAUAUCAAAAGAGAAAAAUAAUGUUGCUGAUAGGGUAAGCUAAACUUUGUUUGGGUGAGGAAGAGCUUUGUGUUUCAAUAUAAGUUGUGUUUCAAAAAAAAAAAAUUGGUUAUCCUCUUCAAAGGAAAAAAAUAGAGAGAGAGAGAGAGAGAAUGAAGUCUUUCGCGGCAAAGGUUGAAGAAGGAAUUAAAGGGGAAGAUGGGAAGCCCUCCGUAGGUCCGGUGUACCGGAAUCUUUUGUCCGAGAAUGGUUUUCCUCCUCGUCAUUCGGAAAUUACCACUACUUGGGACAUUUUCAGUAAAUCAGUGGACAAAUUCCCUAAUAACAAGAUGCUUGGAUGGCGUCCAAUUGUCGAUGAGAAGGUUGGACCGUAUAUUUGGAAAACGUACAAAGAAGUAUACGAAGAAGUUCUGCAGAUUGGCUCUGCGCUACGAGCUGCCGGAGCUGAACCUGGUUGUCGCGUGGGAAUCUAUGGAGCUAAUUGUCCUCAGUGGAUCAUAGCAAUGGAGGCCUGUGCAGCCCACACUCUAAUCUCUGUACCUCUAUAUGAUACAUUAGGUCCCGGAGCAGUUGAUUAUAUUGUUGAUCACGCGGAAGUUGAUUUUGUGUUCGUCCAGAAUACCAAGAUUAAAGGAGUGCUUGAUCCGGAUUGCAAAAGUGCAAAACGACUUAAAGCUAUAGUUUCCUUCACAAAUGUGAGCGAAGAACAGAGCCACAGGGCUUUAGAAAUUGGAGUGAAAGCAUACUCGUGGCUCGAUUUUCUUCUUAUGGGACGAGAGAAGCCGGAGGAGACAAAUCCGCCUAAGCCGUCUAACGUGUGCACCAUAAUGUACACGAGCGGCACGAGCGGCGAACCUAAAGGUGUGAUUUUGACCCACGAAGCUGCCGCAACUUGUGUUAUUGGGUUGGAUCUCUGCAUGGACCAGUUUGAAGACGAGAUGACACCUGACGAUGUGUAUCUUUCCUUCCUACCGUUGGCUCAUAUUCUUGACCGUGCUAAUGAGGAAUACUUCUUUCGAAAUGGCGCUUCCGUCGGCUAUUACCAUGGAGAUUUGAAUGCAUUACAUAAUGAUAUUCAAGAACUGAAACCAACUUUUAUAGCCGGAGUUCCAAGAGUCUUCGAGAGGAUCUAUGAAGGGAUUCAGAAGGCUCUUCAGGAGCUUAACCCAAGAAGGAGACUCAUCUUCUAUGCUCUUUAUAAAUACAAACUUGCGUGGAUGAAUCGUGGGUACUCUCACAGUAAAGCAUCACCCAUGGCUGACUUUAUAGCUUUCAGAAAGAUUAGAAAUCAGUUAGGAGGUCGACUCAGGUUAUUAGUAUCUGGUGGAGCACCUCUGAGUCCUGAGAUCGAAGAGUUCUUGAGAGUUACUUCUUGUUGCUUCGUCAUCCAAGGCUAUGGUCUAACAGAGACGCUUGGAGGAACGACAUUAGGCUACCCGGACGAGAUGUGUAUGCUAGGGACAGUCGGUGUUCCGGCUCUUUACAACGAGAUAAGGCUUGAAGAGGUGUCGGAAAUGGGCUAUGACCCAUUGGGUGAAAAUCCUGCCGGCGAGAUCUGUAUAAGAGGAAAAUGUCUGUUUUCAGGGUAUUACAAGAACCCUCGGCUUACUGAAGAAGUCAUGAAAGACGGAUGGUUCCAUACAGGAGACAUAGGUGAGAUUCUUCCAAACGGAGUACUCAGGAUCAUCGACCGUAAGAAGAAUCUGAUCAAACUCUCACAAGGAGAAUAUGUUGCUCUUGAGCAUUUGGAAAGCAUCUACGGACAAAACCCUAUUGUCCAAGAUAUAUGGGUUUAUGGAGACAGCUUCAAAUCUAUGCUUGUCGCCGUGAUUGUUCCAAAUCCAGAAACCGUGAACCGGUGGGCUAAUGACUUCGGCUUUAUUAAACCAUUCGAAGAACUCUGUUCUAUCUCGGAGCUACAAGAACACAUCCUCUUAGAACUGAAGUCCACGGCAGAGAAGCACAAGGUUUGUUUGAUGUUGUCUAAAACCAUAAUUCUUCUAGAGAUUUCUCUAAAUAAUACUACUAUUAUAUAAUGUUAUUUUGUGGAUGUGAAAAAAAUGAUAAUAGCUAAGCAAGUUUGAGUACAUUAAAGCGGUGACGGUGGAGGCAAAAUCUUUCGACAUUGAGAGAGGCUUAGUGACUGCGACGCUCAAGAACCAGAGGAAAAAUCUUCUCAAGUUCUAUCAGGUUUCAAUAUCUUAAUUUCACUUAAUUUUUUAUGAUUAGUUAUUGCUGAAGCUAAAUCUUUUUUUUUUCUGAAGCUAAAUGUUUGCAACCACUAAAUACGUUAACGUUCCAUUGUAUAGGUAGAAAUCGAAGAAAUGUACCGUAUAUUGGCGUCAAAGAGGAGCUGAAACUGUUGCGAUAUGUGGGCAAACUAAUAAAUAAGAACAUAGGGUGAAACUUUAAAUUUACUUCUCUUUUUAUUACCAAUUAAAAUAUCACCUAGAUUAAUAAUAAAAUAAAUAAAUUUUAUUUAAAAAAUCUGAAAUAAUUGAAAAAAAAUAAUAACGCCAAUUUUAAUGAUGCUAACGCCACUAACUAAACGCUAAAGUUUAAAUCUAUAUCCUAAACCCUAAACCAAAAUCUUAAACCAUAAACCCAAACCGUAAACCCUAAACUCAAAUCCUAUAUCAUAAACCAAAAUCUCAAACCCUAAACUCAAACCCUAUAUCCUAAACCCAAAUCAUAGACUCUAAACUCAAACCAUAUAUCCAAACCCAAUCCCUACGCCCUAAACUCAAAUCGUAAACUCUGAACUCAAAUCCUAUAUCUUAAAGGUUUGGGUUAAUGUUGAUGUUGUUUCUUUAGUGUUUAAGAUUUGGGUUUAGAGUCUAAGGUCUAGGGAUUGAGUUUAGAGUUUAAGGUCUAGGGAUUGAGUUUAGAGUUUACGGUUUGGGUUUAGGGUUUAGAGUUUAG